AUGUCUCAAGCCAAUUCUGCUAUUCAUGGACCGUACAGAAGGAAGGUGACUCUAGCUUGUGAUUCUUGUCGCAAGCGAAGGGUCAAAUGUAGCGGUAGCCAACCAUGCACGCUAUGCUCUGAGAGCGGGCGGCAUUGUGAAUUUGAUAGCAAGAAUAGAGGGCGACGCGGCCCCAGACCCCGACGGACUGUGCAGUCUCAAAGAAUCAUUCAUCAGUUGGCUGCUCGAAUCCCAUCCAGUGAGCAAGUGGCUGUCCCUUCAAAUCAGAAUAUUGCAGCCGACAUACUAUGGCAUCCUCAAGAGGAAAUGCAGGAUGUGGAAGAGACCGAGAGAUGUGUCACGGACGACAACUGUGAUGGGGAAGAAGAAGAAAAUGGAGAUGAAGAAGAAGAAGAUGAUGAUGAUGAUGAUGACGAUCACCUUGCGCUAGAUCCAUCUGUAUGGAAACCUGGCUUGGAGGACUUGAUUUACGGCAAUGACACCAUUUCAAGAAUGUAUGAUAAAACAAUGCCCGUUUUCUUGUACUCAUCUUGCCCUGAUGCUGAUGGUACCAUGUCUCGGGCCUUAGUGCUGGCGGUAUGCGCUUCGAGCAUGCGUUUCACUGUGCACAAAGCCGCGCGUGGAGCACACGCUCGGGAGUUUGCCGAGUCAAUGGAACGAGAGGCCCGAAAUUGUAUUCAAGCCACCAGUACAACCUGGCAACAAGUAAACGAUGUUAAGACCAUAUGUGUUUUAAUCGACUAUGAGGCCAGCAGGGCUCACGGGCGGCAAGCAUGGAUAGAUAUUGGUAAGCUCGGCCAAACAGCUUCCACAUAUGUCCCUGAUAAUACCUGGAUAAUCGGAGAAGAUGCUGACUAUCCGCAGCAAUGGGCCGCAGCCUAG